UUGUCUCCUAUUUUCUCUUAUUCCCCAAUUGAUCCUUCACCUCACCCCAAAAAAUCCCCCACCGGAAAUGUCCGAUGCGUAUUGCUCCGACUGCAAGCGCCAGACGGAGGUCGUGUUCGAUCACUCCGCCGGCGACACCGUCUGCUCCGAGUGCGGCCUAGUCCUCGAGUCCCAUUCCAUCGACGAGACCUCCGAGUGGCGGACCUUCGCCAACGAGUCCGGCGAUAACGACCCCGUCCGUGUCGGUGGCCCCACCAACCCGCUCCUGGCCGACGGCGGAUUGUCCACCGUCAUCGCCAAGCCCAAUGGAGCUUCCGGCGAGUUUCUGUCGUCGUCUUUGGGUAGGUGGCAGAACCGCGGCAACAAUCCCGAUCGGGGCUUGAUACUCGCCUUCAAAACAAUCGCUACCAUGUCCGAUAGGUUGGGCCUUGUUGCAACCAUCAAGGAUCGAGCUAAUGAGAUAUAUAAGAGGGUAGAAGAUCAGAAGUCUAGUAGAGGAAGAAAUCAGGAUGCAUUAUUGGCUGCUUGCCUAUACAUUGCUUGUCGACAAGAAGACAAGCCCCGCACCGUAAAGGAAAUUUGCUCUGUCGCCAAUGGAGCCACAAAGAAAGAAAUUGGCCGAGCAAAAGAGUACAUAGUCAAACAGCUGGGAUUGGAAAAGGGUCAGUCAGUGGAGAUGGGAACAAUACAUGCUGGGGACUUUAUGAGGCGUUUCUGUUCCAACCUUGGUAUGAAUAAUCAAGCGGUGAAAGCUGCUCAAGAAGCUGUGCAGAAGUCUGAAGAAUUUGAUAUAAGGAGGAGCCCUAUAUCAAUAGCAGCAGCAGUUAUAUAUAUUAUAACUCAACUUUCAGAUGAUAAAAAGCCUCUGAAAGAUAUCUCACUCGCUACUGGAGUUGCCGAAGGAACUAUCAGAAACUCAUACAAAGACCUUUAUCCUCAUGUAUCUAAGAUAAUACCCAACUGGUAUGCCAAAGAAGAGGAUCUGAAGAACCUCUGCAGCCCUUGAAAUGUUGGCCAGAAGAUUACUUGAGAAUUGAAUUGCAUUGGAGGUUUUUCUUGGUUGUACCAAACUCGGGAUAUAUGAACAAUGCACAAUGUUUUAUUGAGGAUUUAUUUAUUUA